AUGCGUCUUCGGGGUCCUAAAGUUCCAAAGUUCCGUGGUCACACGACACUCAUCGAGACGGUCAGGAGGUACCCUUCAGGCCUAACUGAGGCCGUUAUCUUGGCGGAACUUGAGCUCCUAUGGCGGAGGGACGUGCGAGGCGCCUUCGUGCCUGGAAAGCUUCAGGCCUAUCUCGAUGCGCAGUACGCCCCGCUGUCGGACGUCAUCCAGGCGUGCGUCGUUCGCCACUCUGACCAACUGGUAACGCUUGUGGAGGACCACUCCUGCAGUGUAUCGAGCAACCUGUCUCCCGCCAAGGUGGACAUGUAUCUGCACCAAAACUUCAAGCCUUGCUUACGGUACGCGCAGGGCGUCGGCCACGACCUGCUGGCGCCGGGGCGGAAAGUACGCCUCACCGGGUGCCGAUUGCUGACGGGGGCCGCCGCUGCCGUGACCGGGGGCGGUGGCCGUGCCGGUGGCGGGGAAGGAGGGCGGAGAUCCCCGAACUGCGGCGGGCCCUCGACUCUGCUGCUGACCGAGUACCUCGCCUUCGUGCUUGACCACAGGAGGUCGGACGACCUCAGGCUCGCGCAGGGCAUGUUCGGUGGGCAACGUGUGAAAAACACCUUCGAAGAGAAGUCCAACUAUGAGGAAUUCUUCGUGAUAUGCAAGGGGCGAAAACAACAGCAUCGGCGAGGAGAGGUGGGGGGCGAGGACGACGGCAGCAGCAGCAGCAGCAGCAGAGAGACUGUCCUCUUUCACCUCUGGGACGAGCAGACGUGCCUCACCUCCCUCUUCCGGAAGGGCGACGGCCUUGGGGUGUACUGGCCGUGGCUUGUGCGGGAACAGCAGCCGCGGAGCAGCGGGGGCGACCAAGGCUCAGCGGCGGCGCCGGGAGGGCUGCCUUCUCAGCAGCAACUUGUUUCUUCUCAGCUCCCAUUGCCUCGCGCUUCCUCCGGGUGGCACUUCGAGUACGGCUCGGCGACGGCUCUCUUCGUGCUGCCGCGGGAGAGCCGAGCCCAGCUGUUUUCAGCCGCCAACGAGGACAGCAACGGCGACGGAUUUUCGACGGGCGGGCCCGGCGUAGAAUCCAGGUCUUCUGGCGGCGGUGGUGGUAGUGGCAACAGCGGUGGCGGUGUUGUUGCUUCGCGGAAGGCGUUCUCUCGGGGCGCCGUGGUGAAUGGAAGGGGGAGGGGGGGCACCGUGGGCGCGGUGCACGAGAUGCCCAUCGAUGAAAACGGCGUGCGAGACGUGUUGCAGUUUCCGCGGCGACUGUUCGUGACGGACCUGGCGCCCAACCUGUCCAACGCGUCGAUCUACGGCCAGGUUGUUUCCGUGGCCUCCGUUCCGGGAUCCUCCCUGCCUGCGAUCCUGCCCCCUUCUCGUGGCAUGUCGUCGUUAUCAUCGUCCCUAUCGCAGCUGCCGUUGAAGCCCGUGAUGCUCAUGCAGCAGGAGCUGCAGCAGCUGCAGCAGCAGGAGUCUGGCAUGGGCUUGGUGGCGGGGCGGGGGGCAGCAGCUGCUGCUGCUGCUGCUGCAAAGGUCGUUGAGCUCUUGAUAAGGGACGACAGGGGCACGGCGCGCGUGCUGUGCUGCGGACGCAAGGCUGCUGCCGACGCGCUUCGAUGUCGGCCUGGCCAGUAUGUUCUCGUGUGCGGACUCCGCACCUUCGCGGCGGCCUUCCCGCCUUCGGAUGAUUCCGAACAAGGGCCGGACGGCCAUGUGGUCGUGCUCUGUGGAGAAGCGGAAGACAUGUCCCGCGAAGAUGCGGCUGCAACAACGGGCGCAGAAGGGAGAGCAGCGGCAGGGGCGCGGGCGGGGGAAGCGGGAGGGGGCGGAGAUAGUGUAAGCGGGGUGCUGAAUACAUCCAGCCUAGAGGGAUUUCUCCACUGUCCUUUCUUGUCGCGGCAUUCGUUAUUGCACGACAGACGGCGAACGCCUGGACCGCGUGCUUCGUUCGCCUGCAAGGCGGCGGUGACGUGGGCGCGGUGGACGUUUGACGGAGACGGUCUGUGGGCUGUCCAUCGGCGGUGCGGCGCGCGCCUCCCGUGUCACUUCAGCGCCCUCGGCGCAAGCGCGGACCCGGCGAGGCGGACAUCAAGGAAACGACAGAGGGACAUGCGCGAGCCGGGGUGUGUGAGGAACGGGGGGACGGGAGCACGGCAGGGCGUGUCCGUGAUGUGUCCGCUUUGUCAGGCCGGUGUGUCUGCCUCCUUGUCUUCCUCCCAAUUCACGUUCGUGCACGAUACUGCUGCUGCAGUACUGACUGUGGCAUUGAUCAGCUUUUGCCACUGGGCUUGCGUUGUUGCGCGUGCACGACGUUUGCUGCGGCAGAGGUCCGUUAGGGUUGCCUGCGCGGACGAAGCGGAGCUGGGAUACGCCCCGCUUCUCCUCGCCCUCGACGAUGGUACCAGGUGCCUCGUGGCGGAGUGCCGGAGCGCCGUCGUUUCCGCCGCCUUCGGAGGCAUGAACGCCCACGAUUUCCUACAGAUGGACGAGGCCGAGCGAAAAGCGACUGUCGAUUCGCUGGUGGGCCGUGAGAUUCGUUGCGUCGUAGGCGGCGGCGGCGCGGCGAGCGAAGUUGGCGGCAACGGCAGCGCUUGCUCCAACGGGGGAGGGGGCGAGGGCGACUGGGAUGGUGCGGGGCGGGUGGGGCUUCGCGUGGAGCGUAUCGCCAGCGUGAACCCGGCGGCUGAUCUGGCGUACUUGGUGUCUGCCAUGGAUGGAUAGCUUAAAUCGUUAUGAGUCUCCCAGUAAGGUUUGAAUUGUCCAUUCAAGCACCGGUACUGGUUGUUCGUUGCUGCUGAAGGUUGGUGUGGUGCUGAGGGUCUGGUUGUUGUCUAAAUGUGGGCGUGUUGCUUCUGCUCGGGUGCAGUCUUGGCGCUACCAGAGGUCAAUCGAAAAUUCAUCGCCUCGAUCCCUCAACCUCCGUGAUGAGAGAAGCAACGGGACUGCACCU